AUGGUGGGAGGGAUUGUCUUCGUCAUCAUCAAGGGCACCCUCGACUUGGGCGGAGUGGGCGUGGUUAUUCAGCGGAAUUUCGACAGCGGACGAAUGGAGUGGCCUGAAUUCACGCUUGAUCCGACGGUGAGGAUGUCCAUGCUGGCAAUGUUGGUGGGACACGUGGCAAACAGCACCUUCAAUCUCGGCUGCAAUCAGAUGAUCACCCAGCGAUAUCUUUCCCUGCCCGGAAUCAAAGAGAUGGCCCACUGCUCGUUCCUCUUCAUUUUCGGAUUGGUUGCCCUGAUGUCCCUCUGUCUGUACAAUGGACUUCUGCUUUCCGCAACCUACUACGACUGCGAUCCCCUGACCACAAAGUUGGCGGUGGCAAAGGAUCAGUUGGUUCCCCUUCUCGUGGUGCAAUCCAUGAGCUCGUUUCCCGGAGUUCCCGGCAUGUUUGUUGCCGGAGUGUUUAGUGCCGCGCUCAGUUCCCUGUCUACGGGAAUGAAUUCUCUGGCCGCAGUUUUCUUGGAGGAUUACAUUAGGCCCCUGGUGAAAAAACCCCUCACUGAGCACCAAACCGCUGUCACCAUGCGUGUCUGCACUGUGAUUAUUGGGGUCGUAAGUGUGGCUCUGGUCUUAGUUGUGGAGCAAAUGGGCUCCCAUGUGAUGCAGCUUUCCAUGACCGUGGGAUCGGUGGUCCAGGGUCCUCUUUUGGGUCUCUUUCUGAUGGGCCUGCUGUGCCCAAGCAUCAACUCAAAAGUAAGUGGUCAAAACGUCCAAGCAACCCCCCUUUCCAAAAGUUCAAAACCUUAG